CAGAAGCGCAUACUGCACUGUGGAUACAGCUGCCGGAAAGUGUUAAGCCAUAUAUUAAUUCCUCUUUGAGCUGUUCUCACAAGUCUCUAAAACGCUUUUCCUGGCAUAAAGAUGAACUCGAGUCAGGUGAAUGCUUCACUCAAGUGCGAGCGGGACACUAGAGUAACAUCUGUACUCUUCCCUUGCCUGUACACGGCUCUCUUUCUGGUGGCUUUUGUGUUGAACAGUCUAGCCGCAUGGAUUUUCUUCCAAAUUCGAAGCAGCUCAACGUUUGUCGUGUACCUGAAGAACGUAGUCGUGGCCGAUCUAUUGAUGACCCUUACUGUGCCUGUGAAGGCGCUGACCGAUGCAGGCUUGGGUUCCUGGCAGCUCCGGGCUUUUCAUUGCCGGUACUCAGCUGUGCUCUUCUAUACCACUAUGUACAUCAGCAUCCUCCUCCUUGGACUCAUCAGCUUGGACCGGUACCUAAAGAUUGUGCAUCCGUUUGGGAAAUGCGCUCUUCAGAGGGUCAGAGUGGGUCAGAUACUGUGCGCUGUUGUCUGGGUGCUUAUGUUGUCGCUGGCUCUGCCAAACGUUAUCCUGAGUAACCGCAUGCCACAGAUUUCCUCGGGUGCUAAGCUGCGAUGCACCAAGAUGAAGGGGAAGAUGGGACUCCUGUGGCAUGAAGGCUUUAACUACUUCUGCCAGGUUGUUUUUUGGGGUACAUUAGCGCUUAUGGUCGUCUGCUACACCUUCAUCAGCAGGAAAGUGUUUGAAUCGUACCGUGCAUCACAAAGCAGCAGUGCCACAGCCAGCAAGCAGACCACAUCUAAGGUGUUUGUGGUAGUGGGUGUUUUCUUCGUUUGCUUUGCACCCUUCCACCUGGCCCGAGUCCCUUACACCCUCAGUCAGACCCGCAACACUUCUACCCAGUGCUGGGCCCAGAACCAGCUGUACUAUGCCAAAGAGAUCACGCUCUGGAUAUCAUCUACUAACGUGUGCCUGGACCCUCUCAUUUAUGUUUUCCUGUGUCGAGUCUUCCGCAAGAAGCUCACUGCCGCGCUGAGCCGGCAUCCGCUCCCACACGCCUCUCUGACAGAGACCUCCACCAAAAUAGAGAUGCCAAACAGAGCCCGCUGCAACACCAACCAGGAUUCAGCUCGUCAUUAACAGCCUUCUCCUUCUAGUAGUAGCCUUAGUUAGUAGCCUUCUCCUCAUACUUUCUAAAAAUAAUUUUGUAAUAUUUUUAAUAAUAAUAAAAUAAUUGUAAUGUUUUUGUACAGAAAGAUGUAAGCAUCUGGAAUUUUAUAUAUAUAUAUAUAUAUAUAUAUAUGCAGUUUAUGGGCGAAUCAGAAAUAAUGAAAUAAAAUGAUCUUACCAGUACCACACAUUACUCUUUGUCUUGCAAUUGAACUGCUAAAAAAGUAAAACAUGAAAAAGCCUUGUGCAUCAGUUCAUGAAAUACACCAGUGUUAGAUCAACACUGACAGGGUUAUUUUUCCUGUCCUAAAGUCUGCUUCAUUAUCAGAAACCACAGCAGUGUUAAUUUCCUUUCCAGCAAUCUUGCCCUUACAGCCUCCUCUUCCUGUGAACAGUGUUUUCUGUUGAGGCAGAACGUUUAUUAAAUGGACAGCUGGUAAAAGUGGGGGGAAACCUUGAAUUUUAAACAGAGCAUUAUAUUGUACACAAUGCAUUAUAUUAUUUAAAAAAAAGAAAUGUAUUCAUAUAAUCUACGUAUUGUGACCAACAUAAAAAGGGGGAAAACAGAAUGAGGUUUUCGAUUUAAAACAUCAUUUUAAGCUGAUCACUCAGAAGCUGGAGCGCACAGACUAACACUUCUUUAACAGUUAUAAUCACAGUCUAGAGUCACUAGAUGGCCCUGUUCUCCUGAACACAGUGAGCACACAUGUGCUGAAGGUGCUAGAAAGUGCACAGUGUGCUUGCUGAAGCCAUUUUCUGCUGUUAGAAUCAGUGUAAGUAUAAACCAGAGUCUGUCCAGCUCAAUAAUGCUCUAAUCUGUGAUCACUCUAUUAAUCAACAGAGCUAAACAUAGAAGAUCAGGCGGUUCACAGCGCUGGCAUAGCAUUACAGAGUCAUGGAGAUAUACAUGUAUACAAACAAAACUAGCACCAAAUCCUUCAGGGACCAGAUUCUGGUUAGAGUGAAUGAUGUUUGCUGACAUUACCUUGAAAAAUAACACAUGCCUAUUCAAACACCCACGAAUGCUGCAUGUUUGAGUGUUUUUGAUUGAUAUAUUGUAUUGACAGAAGGUUGAGGGAGUGUGUGUGUGUGUGUGUGUGUGUGCGUGCGUGUGCGUACCUGAAUACACACAGACUCAUGGGGACACGUGUCACGGUGGGGACCUAAAUUGAGGUCUCCACGGGUAAACAAGCUAAUAAAUCACACAGAAUUAAGUUUUUUGAAAAUCUGAAAUAGCAGAAAGUUUCCUGUAAGGGGUAGGUUUAGGUGUAGGGUUGGUGUAGGACAAUAGAAAAUACAGUCUGUACAUGGUCUGAGUCCCCUCAAGGAUAGCAAACCAGACAUGUGUGUGUGUGUGUGUGUGUGUGACAGAUGCCGGAGUAUCGGGUCUCUGCUGGAUGUUCUUACACACACCUCCUUCAGUGGACUGAUAACAGAGAGACCCUGUACUCUUCUUCUGCUGGACACUGCCUUUAGUGGUGUUUCUGUACAGAUAUCAGUGUUGGGGAGUAACUAGUUAAAUAUUACUUAAUUUAAUUACAAAAUGAAUGUAAUCAAUUACAGUUACUGUGAAGAAAAAAAAAGUGUAAUCAAAUUAUAGAUACUUAUGAAAAUAUUAAUGAUUACAAAGAGGGGUUACAUCUUCUUUUUUUUCCACACAUUCAGAUUUAAUUGAUUUCUUUCAUAAAUUGCAUUGACCGCUCUAAAAUAUAAGACACCAAUGUUUCAGGCGUUUAGGACACAGAAUAAGAUGCAUGAUUAUUUGAUAACUGUUUUAUUUCCUAUUUGGGUUUAUGUAUAUGCUUUAUUUAUUUAUUUUUUAAAGAUUAUUAUUUUUUCCCAAUGCAUUGUUACUACUUCUUGUUAUGAUUUUAAUGAUUGUAUGACCUGUAUUUAACCUCAGAAUGAUCUCAAAUUAAGUUCUGAUUUUG